AUGGCCAACGUUCAGCUGAAGUUUUCCUUGCGGACCUCGUCCAACGUCAAGACCGUCCACCUCGUCGGCUCGUGGGACAACUACUCGCGCCAAUUGCCCCUGUCCACUGAAGGCAAGCCCGGUGCCUGGGCGGGCAAGUUCCGCUUCCAGACCUCGACUCUGAAGCUCGGCAGCCGCUACUGGUACUACUAUAUCAUGGACGGGUACCAUGUCUCGCACGAUCCGGCGGUCGACUACACCGUCGAGCCCACCACCGGCCGCAAGCUCAACAUCCUCGAUGUUCCCGCCGGCAAGUCCAGCAGUGGUAGCAGCGAGCGCAAGUCCCGCCGCACCUCGUCUGGUGUCGCGACUGGUCGCUCCCUCUCGCCAUCGCGCAUCCAGCACCCCAAGCCCUCCAAGCCUUAUGCCUCACGUUCCCUCCGUGAGGCCGAGUUCGCGCCAACCGUCGACGACCUGACCCGCCGCUUCGCCGGCUCCCGUCUGUCCGAUGAGUACUCCUACUCCAACAGCCCGCCCUCAUCAGCCGGUUCCUCGCUGUCGUCCCGCUCGUCCGGCUCGACCUCGCCCUCGUCCGUGUCUUCCAUGAGCGACCGCCCCGGACACUGCUACUGCGAGCGCUACGGCAUCACCCGCAAGGGUGAUCGCGUCAAGCUCGACUGCGGUGGCGCCCGCUGCGGUUACAUCGAUGAGGAGUCCGAAGGCAGCUGCUCCGAGUACGACAGCGACGAGGAGUACCACCGUGCGCGCAGAGGUGCCCGCCGCCAAGGCAUCGUUGUUCGCCGGUGA